AUGGGGAUAUAUUCAUCCCGAUUUGCGACAAUAGCAGCCACCACUUUUUUAUGUAUCUCAAUGGUAUUUGGGGUAAGCAUCUUCUACCUCUUUCUCACUAACCUUCUAGAUCUUGGAAAUGCAUGCAACAUUUUAUAACUAUUUUGUGCCAAUUUAGGUGCCCCCCCCUUCAUAAAAACCACAAGAAUUAUAGUUUUACAUGAGUUGUCUGAGUAUUAUUUUGAAGAGCAGUCCUACAUGUUAGCAUAUACUACCUGGCUUCUUGGAAGCUGUCCGAAGGGGUAUUUAAAAAAUCAAUUUGCAAAUUAGUUUAGAAUUUGAUUUUUUUGUUUAAAUAAAAUUUCAGUUGGUGAGAGCAAGGACUCUUACCUUUGUGCCUUUUGUUUUCUAAGGAGAAUGUGCCUUAUCUCUGUCCUACUACCACAGAAUUUAUAGUUUCCAAGUAUGAAAAAGGAAAUUAGUGCUACACCAGUUUAGGACUGUUGUAUAGCUAUGUCCAAAAGACUGCAAUCUAUACACCCAGGAUAGUUAACAUGGUGCUCUCCUGAAUUUGUUAGAUUAUAACUCCCAUCAUUCCCAAUAACUGAACAUUCUGACUAAGGCUGAUAAGAGUUGUAGUCCAACAACAUCUGGAAGCUAAACCAUCUCUGCACACUUACUUUACUGUUAAGUCCUGAUUUCUUUGAGUAGGUAUUUGCAGGCUUUCAUUCACCUCCUUCUUAUUUAAGAUCCUUGACACUCAUAUACACACACAGUUGUGGCAAACACUCACUGCGCUAUUGUUUUUACAUGGAUUCUUGCUUAAUGUAAGCUUGUAUGUGAACCUAAAGAGUUGCCCUGAUUUACUUAUUUUUUAAUCCCAAUAUGUUUCUGUGUUGCCACACGCUCUCUACACUUUGAUCUGUAAUUCUGAUUCCGCUCCCCUUCCCCCAUCAUAGAAUCAUGGGUUUGGAAUGAGCACAAGGUAUCAUGCAGACUGGCCCUUGCAAUUCAUAACUUUCUUGCACAAACAUUCACUAAUCACAGGUAGGUAGCCCUGUUGGUCUGCUGUAGUUGAACCAGGAAUCACAAGACAGAGAAACCAGUAGGAGAACAUUUCAGUCUCCCAGGACAUUCUAUACAAGAUCUCAAAGUAGCUGUCUUAUUACAAAAGAAUUUCAGAAAUAGACUGGAAAGGGAAGUUGCUGAAUUGUAACUUAUUACCAAACUUCAAACCAUGGAGAGACCUGGUCUGAACAGAGACAUUGGAUUCUUAUAUUAUUAUUAUUAGCCAUCUCACCCCUUGCUUUUUCCUGUAAGACCAAUUGCAGUUGUCAACAGGUUUACCACACCUAUCAGCCAAUCACCCAUUCCCACCACCCUUCUAAGUAAUACCCUUCCCCACCCUCUCACUAUAUAUAAGGGUCUGGUGACUUCUGUUUCAGUGUAUCUGAAGAAGUGUGCAUGCACACGAAAGCUCAUACCAAUAACAAACUUAGUUGGUCUCUAAGGUGCUACUGGAAGACAUUCACUAAAAAAAUAAGAAGAAACUCUAAAAUGCUAGUAUAGUAGAACCUACCUUUGGAGAAGCCAAAAUAAUGCCUCUUCAGCAUGUCUUAUUCCUCUUUAUGCUUAGUAAUUUUAUCUUUGUCGUUAUAUUCUUUAGAUUUUUAUUACUGAUUAUAAGGGGCGCAGGUUUUCACUUCUCAUUGGCUUUGCGGUGAGUGGUUUCAUCUGUGUCCUGUUAACCGUGGCCAUGGAACUGCAGGUUUGUAACUGGUGGCAUUUAGAGCUGAGAAUCGCUAAAUGGGCUGUCCUCUAGCCCACUUCCCCUAUAACACGCACUAUGUAACAGCUCCAAAGCUAGUGGGGAAGCUGGCUGUAGACGCAUCAGAACAUUUCCUUUCCCCAAAAUUAUGUAUACAAGCUGAGGUGAUUUGAAAUGGCUGUACUGUUGGUUGGUGCUUCCAACACCUCUGUUGUUUAGCAGUGAGUAAGGAGGUAAAAUCAUGGAAUCAUAGAACUAUAGAGUUGGAGGGGACCCCAAGGGCCAGCUAGCCCAACUCUCUGCAAUGCACGAAUCUGAUCUAAAGCAUCCAUGACAAAUAGCCAUCUCAACUCUGCUUAACAACUUACAGUCUUGCGGGCUCAAGUUCAAAUGUUGGCCGGUAUAAGUCAGCCUCGUAUGUUUAUAUGAAUGGAUAAGAAUGAGUAUAGUCUCCACCCUGUGAACAUUACAGUGGUACCUCUGGUUGCGCACACUCCGGGUUACGAGCUCCACUAACCCAGAAGUAGCCGCUCCAGGUUGCAAACUUUGCCCCAGGAUGCAAGCGGAAAUUGCACGCCGGAGGGACACAUGUGGCGGGAGGCGCCAUUAGUGAAAGUGCGCCUCAUGUUACGGGUGGUUUCCGAUUACGAACGGAACUCCGGAAUGGAUUCCGUUAGUAACCAGAGGUACCGCUGUACAUGGACGUUGCAUUCCAAGAUGACAGAUUUCACAGGGGCUCGGUUCUUGCUGUAUUGCACUCCUACUGCAUUCUGUGGGCCAGAAUUUUAAGGAAUAAGGGAUAGCAAAUGGAAAGAUGAGUUUUGCUCUUGGACCCAACUCCCGGCAGCUCCAACCAAUAUGAUCAAUGGUUAGGGAUUAUGUGAAUUAUAGUCUCGCAGCAUAAUUCUAUGUCAUGCUGGCCACAUGACCUGGAAAGCUGUCUGGAUAAAUACCAGCUCCCUUGGCCUGAAGUGAGGUGAGCGCUGCACCCCAUAGUCGCCUUUGACUGGACUUAACUGUCCAGGGGUCCUUUACCUUUUUAUGCACUUUGAGGUAUAUCAAAAAACAAUCAAGCAGUAUACAACUUUUAUGAAAUAAAGGGCACCUGACAAGAUCACAAGUACAUAACUGAAAUACAGUCUACUUUCUCCAACAGAGUGUCAUCUCAGAUAUGGGGUAUUUCAGCGUAAUCUUAAUCAUCAUAUUCCUUUUUGCACAUGGCAUUGGGCCAGGUAAGUGCUUAGAUGAUGCGUUGAGCUCUUUAGAUGAUGGGGGAGAGAUGAAUAAGUGAUCAAUGUAAGUGAUCAUAGUAGAAAGACACACAGCUAUGGGGAGUUGGUAAUUCACCAUAGAAGGCUAGGGAGUUACUAUUAAUGUUGCACUCCUCACAUAGAGAGAUUCAUGGCUGCCUGUCUGCUGUGUGUGAUGUGGCAACCUGAGUUAGAUCUAACUUGAACGUGGAGAAGGUUGUUCAUGUGAGAUGUGUUGCUGAGACCUGGGUGGGUGAGCUAGGAGAACCUGAUCACAUCCAGAUGUGCCUGUCAAGAUACACGAUGUAGCAUGAGCACAGGCUGCAGGUGUUGGGGGGCGAUGGAGAGGGAGGAGUUGCUGUGAUUCAUAGGACACCCAUCCAUCUUGGAGCUAGCCAUGAGAGCCAGCACCUGGCAUCAGGCCGAGGAGAAAGUACCCUCCACCCUGCCCUCCCCAGUGCAGAAGAUGCCAUUCUAUACUUUGGCAUACCAGAGAAGUAAAGACAAGGCAGUGACACAGAGGAAAGUAAGAGCAUGUGGUUAUUUUCACUUGAUAUUUUGGUAGCAUUUGAUACCAUUGACGGUGGUGUGACUUGGUGAGAUGGGCAUUGGAGACAUUCUUUUACAGUGGUUCUACUCCUCCUAUUUCAGAGCCCUGGGUGAUUAUCUCUUGGUCCCCUGCCAAUUGUGCUCUGACAUCCUGCAGGGUACCAUAUUUUCCUCCAUGCUGUUUCCCUAUGAAGCCAUUGUGGGAAUAGUCAUUAGCAGAUUUGGGAAGAGCUGUCCAAUUUCCAUUUCUCUGUAAUAUCUGUAUCAGGAGAAGUCUGCAAAACCCUGCACUGGCACCUUGACUCAGUAGAGGUCUGGAUAAGGAUCAGUAAACUGAGUUUGAACUCUCCAAAUAUUGUGGGCCAUGCCAUCCAUUUUCUGAAAACCUCUAGGAUGGAUUACUGCAAUGCCUUCUUUCCCAGAGUACCGAUGAGGUUGGGCUGGAACCUACAACUAGCACAAUAAGUAAUGCCCCAACUGGUCACUGGUGCAGUCUUUCACUACCCUGUUACACUGCUACUAAAGGGAUUACACUGGCUGUUGUUUAGCUACAAAGCUAAGUUCAAGGUGUUGGUCCUGGUGUGCAAAGUCCCAUACAACUUGAGAUAAGAAUGCCUAAGAGAUCAUCUCACUCCUUAACGACUGUGCUCUGAAGACAGGGACUAUGGCGAUCACACAGGGUUGCUGGACGUUUAAUGGUCUAUUGAUUCCUGUGCCACCACUGUGCUCUCUUUACUGCUGCCACCAACCAGUUACUCUCUGGUAAAACACUGAGUCCAGUCAGUUGUUAAAAGUGAACAACCCCCCCCCCCCAAGUUUAUUUUACAAACAUUAACAAGUUUAUGGUUUCUCAGAUAAUAUACCUGUCAGUAUCUUAACUUUAGUUUCUUCACUGGCCUAUACCUUCCUAAUACCUUCUGACUGAUUAUCUCAACUGUUUGACUGACUCCUCUUAACAAAUUUUCUCCCUCUCUCACACCAGACUAGCCCAACCCAACCCACAGACUUAUCUUCUCUGUUUCUCCUAACUCCAGACUGUCUUUUCAACAACUCUAAUUCUAACUCACUCUCUAAAAAAACCCUCUGUGCUUAAACCUUAUACACAGCUAACUCUGCCCCCUGGGUUCCCAUUGGUUAGUCAUUUUACAAUUAGUUAACUCUUUCCCUAUGAACCCAGUAUGUUGUCACACACAUAGGAGGGCAAACGCCACAGGGACCUAUUGCAAAUACCAUCUCAUCAGGAGGUCUGUUCCCUAUGAUGUCCGAAUCUGACCUUGAGUGUGGUGCCACCUUGCCUUUGGCAUCCUCUCCCAUCACUCAUCAGCAAGGCACCAUAUCUUGGUUGUGUUUUUGGCACCUUUUGAAGACCUUCCUUUUUCACCAAGCCUUUUAAGUGGAGAUCUUCAUCCUAAUUUGCACCUGUAUUGGUUUUGAAAUUACGGGAUUGUCUUUAGUUGUUUUUAUUGUGGCUGUUUUUACUGUGAAAUUGAUCUGAGAUGUCUCACUGGAAGCAGUAAUAAACUGAAUCAAGUAAAACAAUAACUAGGAAAGAUCAAUUUUCAAGGGUGGGGGAGUAUUAAAUUCCUGGAAUCCUUUCUAUCCACCAAAGGUCCACUUCCAUCUGUGCUAGUGGUGGAGCUCUUCCUUCAGUCAUCACGAUCUUCAGCCAUUGUGAUUGCACAAUUUUUGCAUUGGCUCCUAAGCUUCGUCGUAGGACUGAUUUUCCUUUACAUAGAGGUGAGUGAUUUUGAAGGUAAUUUUGAUGAGGAGUGCAGACUUUGCUCCUUACAACCAUUAUUCCCCCAAAAAAUAAUGAGGGGAGCUGGGUGGAGCCAAGAAGGAUAUAUGGGUGUUAUGGAUGGAUGGAUGGAUGGAUGGAUGGAUGGAUAGAUAGAUGAUAGAUAGAACUCUACAUUAUACUCAUGUCUGCCUCUUUCUCUCCUUCCCUGCCCCCAUUUUCCCCAUCUCUAGAUACAUAUUGGGCCCUAUAGCUUAAUCUUUUUCUGUCCAUUUGGUUUCGCCAUCUUUGUUUAUAUAUUCAAGUUCAUUCCAGAAACCAGAAACAGAACCUUUGUGGAAAUCAGGGGGAAAGUGAACACGCGGAAUCCCAGGAGGGUACAUUUCAAGAUGCCAUCGCCCAAGUAG